UCUACACUAUUACAUAAAACGCACAGCAUAAAACCAGUUUUCAUACACGAUAUCGUUCUCAUCGUUACACAGUCGGCACACAGUCAUAUAGGUCAUAAUACUUUGAUUGUAAUAAAUACAAGAGAAUAGAACUGUUUACAACAUACAACCUAUAUAUCUCACAUUACGUGACAUAAGCACGAAACAGUAAGUCCAUUAGUCCAUUGAAGUACGUCUGAGGUAUUGAAGGCAACUAGUUGCGCAAUUAUUAAAAAAUAGAGUUUUUAUUUCUAUAAAAAUUGGUGAGCAAUAAGAUAAAGAUGGCAUCGGCGUUGAAAAAAUUACCUUUUGUAAGAGCCGGCACAAUUGUGAUGACGACACAAGCGUUCCGAAGAACUUUCCAGCCAAAUGUUAUCCGUAAUUAUGCAUCAGCUGGAGCAGGAAAGGAAGGUGGAUCACGAUUGGGUCUUUGGGCAGCAUUAGCCGCAGUAGGAGCUGGAGGCGGCUAUUACGUAUGGUCCACUCAAAAUGAUGGCAAUAAGGGUCCUAGGAAGCAAGAGGAUUAUCAAAAGGUUUACAAUGCGAUAGCAGAAAUUUUAGAAGAAAAUUCGCAAUACGACGAUGGAUCAUACGGGCCCGUUCUAAUACGACUGGCUUGGCAUGCUUCUGGUACUUAUUGCAAAACGAAUAAGAAUGGAGGAUCGGCCAGAGCUACAAUGCGCUUCGAACCAGAAAGCAAGCAUGGUGCUAAUGCUGGCUUGCACAUUGCGAGAGAAAAAUUGGAGAAAAUUAAGAAGCAAUUCCCAUGGAUUUCUUACGGUGACCUGUGGACUUUGGGAGGUGUUGUAGCUGUGCAAGAAAUGGGUGGUCCGACCGUCUCUUGGAGACCAGGACGUGUUGAUGGAGCCGCUCAAGAUUGUCCACCAGACGGUCGUCUACCCGACGGUGGUAAUCCUACACCACAACAUCCUCGUGACGUUUUCUAUCGAAUGGGAUUCAAUGACCAAGAAAUUGUGGCUCUUAUUGGCGCCCAUGGUGUUGGUCGAUGCCAUACGGAUAGAUCAGGUUUCGACGGUCCGUGGACAUUCUCGCCAACCACUUUCAGCAAUGCAUACUAUAGUGAAUUGUUGAAUCGCAAGUGGGUCGAAAAGAAGUGGUCGGGUCCGAAACAGUUUGUGGACAAGGAAACCGGGAAUUUGAUGAUGCUGCCGGCUGAUAUGGCAUUUGUCAAAGAUGCCGAAUUUAAGAAAUGGGUGGAAACGUACGCUAAGGAUGAGAAAAGGUUUGGCGUUGAUUUCGCAAAGGCUUUUAAGAAAUUGCUGGAACUGGGCGUCCAAUUCCCAGAGGAUGCGCCCGAAAUACAAUUCAAAUCUACGUGAACGUGAGCAUCACUUUGCAUGAUCAAUUACUUAUUAUCUACAUAAAUAUUAUAUUCAGCUUGCAACUGUAAAGGCAUCGUAUCAAAAUUUAUUUUUCUACCAGAAUGUGAUGAAUUUCCUGUUGAUUUACUUGGCAUCACUUUAAAACAUUCUUUUAAUAAAAGCAUUUCAAGAAAACGUU